AUGGAGAAGCCGUUCGCUGGACAAUGGCUGUACGAUGAUGAAGAUCUCGCCCCAAACAACAUCCUAUGGGAAUCAUUUCUCUGCCCUUGCAUUGUUUACGGUCGGUCCACAAAGAGCUACAAUGAUGCUCUCGAAAGGGCGUUUGAAUAUGAUUCACCCCCGGAUGGCCAUUCGACGCCUCUGCAUAACCCGGCCCUUUCUCUCCCCUGCUUGGGAUUCGCUGCCUGCUUGCCUUUCUAUGGUAUCAUGAUCUCCGAUCUGCGUACAAAAGUUCGCGAUCUCUACAACAUCGAAGGAACUCGCAAUGAAGACAGUCUAUGGGGCUGCUGCUAUCCAUAUGAUUCCCUCAUUCAAAUCGAACACGAACUCAUCAAUCAUGGUCAUCAUCGGAGACGCAGUUCCUGUGGGUAUGAGACCGAACCCUCAAUGACCACAUCCUUGAGCACUUCCAGAUCGCACAGCAAGGUGACCACUUGUGAUACGGAACCCGAUCAAAACCUCCCCUGUAUCCCCGAAGGUUCAUCCGAGUGCUCGUCUCCAACCUCAUCUGCAAGCAGCCGAGGCAAGCCCCGGGAGAGAUCAAUCGCUCAAGAUCCAGUUGCACCCACCGAUGCAACACUCGACCACAGUCACGACCUCUCCAAAGAUCCAAGAGGAUCAUAUCGAACCAAUGCACCUCACCGGUUGAAGGAUGACACUUCUGCUCCUGUGUAUCCUCCCUCAAUUCAUCAACUUCGAACCGAUACAAAGGCGCCUGCCAGUCCACCUGCAGUUCAUCGACACGAUUUGUUUCAGGACGCUAGCGAGGCGAAUGAGACCCAACCCAAUCACGACAUUGGAUUCGAUCGAGUUGAAACAUACCGAGCCAGUCCUGAUCAUCGGCUUCGGCAAGACGAAAAGACGCCGGGAGCAUUUCCUUCAGCUCAUCAUUUGCACCAUGAUACGGUGGUCCGGACCAAAGCACCACAACAACACAAGCUAGAAGAUGAUGAGCAAGGUCCGAGUAGGUCGGAAACUCGUGGACCACACCAUCUUCAUGAGGACAAGUGA